GUUGUACUAGAGCGGCUCCAACUACCGGAGACAAAUUCCUUGUGUGUUUUGGACAUACUUGGCAAAUAAAGAUGAUUCUGAUUCUGAUUCAACCGCUGGAGGUGGAGUGUACUUACGUUUGCCAUCCACGUAAAUUCCGUGCACUGCGUAAUGUACUUACGCAAACGUCGUAAGCCUCCAUGUUAGAAACACUACGGCUAAAUUUGUCCGGAGGCGUGCAUCCAGGGAAGCACGUCCAUGAAUAAUCUACUACUAACUGCGGUCAUUUACUCAAACGUACAAACACCCCAUGGACUUCACAACAUAACAUUUAUAUUUUCUCAAUUUUUUUUUUCCAACGUAUUUUGUGCCGUGUUGUUAAGAAGGAUCUACACAUAUGCAGUAGUGGAUCUGUGUCAGUGACUGAAUCACAAAAGCCAAGUAAUCAUGGUGAGGUUGGAGCUGGAUCAAGUGGUGCUCAGGAGGAUGAAGGAGGAGGAUGUUGAGAUGGUCAAAGCUCUCAUUAAGGAGGCCUGCGAGGGCAUGGAAAACCGCCUCAUCCUGCACAUCCUCACUCGUCCACUCUGCCUUUUCAUCCUGGCAGUCUUUUCAUCUGCCCUGCGCUGCCUCAUUCACUCCUUCAUCCUGGCCCUCGCUAUUCCCGUCUUCAUGCUCAUUAUCUACCUCAAAAUCACCAUACCGCGCUCCACGGGGGUUCUGGGCAGCAGCCGCCCCUCGUGGGACUACGUGGGCAGCAGCUUCAGGGGGACGCAUGAUGAAAUCCUACAGAAUCCUUACUCUCGGAUCAGUGGCAAGAAAGCCAUGUCGAAGAAGCCAAGACGCAGAAUCGGAGCCAAAGAAAAAGACAAGGAAGCGUCAAUGGAGACGAUCACCCUGGAGAGGGAGCAGGCUGCAGGGCUGGUCUGGGUGGCAGAAAGCGAGGGCGAAAUCUUAGGCUGCCUAUUCCGAGAGAGCGAGAAACGAGCCAGCAUCAGGAGGUUUUGUCGGCUGGUGACGGGCAGCUGGUACCGCAGAGAGGGCUUGGCUCGGCUCUUCGUCCAGAGCCUGGAGCAGAAGGAGAGAGAAACAGGGGCGCUGCGAGUGUAUGCGCACGUGCCCUACCCAUCCAAGGUGGGCGAGGUCUUCUUCAGGAAAAUGGGUUAUCUGCAACACGGGGAGGAGGCUGAAGAUGAGGACGCAGAGGAAGAGGAACAGCGGGAGACUCCGGAAAGAGGAUUUCUAGGAUAUCCACUCACCAAGGUGUUUUACAAAGACUUGUGAGCCACAGCCUCUAUACAGGAGUGACUUUAAGGGACGCAAACUGGACAUUUCAUCUUACAAAGCAGUGAUGUCAUUGCUGCUCUAUGUAAGGAUAUUUAGGUCUGCCAUUUAGUGAUACAAGUAUUAUUUAUUUUAUAAACAAACACAAGUAUUAUUUAUUUUAUAAACAAACAAGGGUGCACAUAAAAAUUUUGGACUGGUUCUUAAAGGAGCACCAGAGGUUUGUAGCUCGGUGCUGACUUCAUCCCAACCCGCCGACCUCACUGGAUGACUUUAAAGACUUGUAGUAUGGUAUAGUACUUUUUUUUCCUCUUUUUUUUUGCACCAGACCAGUUUCACGCAAAGACAUAUUUUGAAGGACCAUCACAGCUGCUGCGCAGCGUGACCUAUACGCUCUAUAAGCCCGCUUUUUCGUUGCCGCCUCACAAUUGACACCGUUUGUGCGGUAGUUUCUCGUGCUCAACUGAACUGAGAAAGGAACAAAUCAGUUUAUGGUGAUUCCAUUGAGUACGUUGACUCAAAAGAUUAUAGAUUAAGAUAAUAGCAACGGCACGUCUAGACCCACUGGGCACCCUGCGCCGUACACUUUCGAGGAAAGAGACAUAAGUGUUGGUGUGAUCAACUAUCACUUCAGUUGUCCUCUCAUAGUUUUAUUUUAGAACUUGUGGUAUGUUCGGACUGAGACCACAACUGAAAUGCCUUGUGUUUACAGGCUAGAUUUAAAGUAAAAUCCGUGGCUAGAUUGUUAGAAAUACAUUAUUUGAGUGAAACGUGCCAUGUUUGAGAAAAGUUUGUGUGUUACAAAAACAUUUUUGAGUGAAACGUGCCAUGUUUGAGAAAGGUUUGUUUUUGAACAAUAUUUGAUUACAAUAAAAUACAUUUUCAUCAAAA